UUUGUCCCUUGCUUGCCCUCCUCCGGAAACAUAGAACUAAGAUCAGGCGCUUAAUCUGCUAAUAAACUGAGAUCAGGCGCUUAAUCUGCUAGCGAGGGCAUCGAUGGCCGCCUCCUCCCUCCGAGCUCGAAGCACCUCCUUUUCUCGCCUCCUCGCUUCUCGCUCAGCUCAAAUCGCUCAUCAAACGAGGUCGCUUUCCUCUGACGCUCUCGUCGAGAUCAAGCCCGGGGAAAUAGGCAUCGUUUCUGGAAUCCCUGAGGAGCACCUCAAGCGAAAGGUCAUUAUCUAUUCUCCAGCUCGGACUGCUUCUCAGCAGGGAUCUGGCAAUGUUGGAAAAUGGAAAAUCAAUUUUCUGUCUACCCAAAAAUGGGAGAAUCCAUUGAUGGGCUGGACCUCUACCGGCGAUCCAUAUGCCAAUGUUGGCGAUGCUGGGCUUGCUUUUGAUAGCGAGGAAGCUGCAAAAGCAUUUGCUGAGAAGCAUGGAUGGCAUUAUAUGGUCAAGAAGCGCCACACUCCUCUUUUGAAGCCAAAAGCCUAUGCAGACAAUUUCAAGUGGAAGGGUCCUCCAAAAAAUUGAGGAAGAUUAGAUCUUCAGGUUCGUGGCACUAUUCCUGUAAGCCUCGUGUUUUAAGGGUUAAUAUUUGUUUCAGCCUCCUCAUCAAAAGUCAAUCAUGUGCCGAUCAAGUUGUGAAAUGAUCUGUAAAUUUGAAGCUAGGCUUAAGGGUAUAUGUUUGUAACAUUAUAAUCCUGAAUUUCUGUUUCAUCAAAACCAAGGGUCAAUGUUUUAAACUAACAUUUUUUAAUUUCGUUAUGAAGUAGUCUAAGUCAUCAUUUAUUUACAAAAAAUGAUCACUUUUGCCAACA